GACUUGUAGUUCGGAGCCUUAGGCGGGGGCGCGGGUCAGUGUUGGGAGCCCUGCUCUUCCAGGACUCUGUCCUUCCUGAAAGGAGGAAAUGACCAAGUUCCAGGAACUAGUAACAUUCAAGGAUGUCUCUGGGGGCUUCACUGAGGAGGAGCGGGGCUGCCGGGACCCCACUCAGAGGAAGCUGCACCGAGCUGUGAUGCUGGAGAACUACAGCCAGUUGGUCUCCGUAGGAGACUUGAAUGAAAAUUCUAUGGAGAAUCUUCAAGAUAAAGAACUUAGGGAUCUAUUACGUAGGGGCUUUUGUGCUGGCUAAUUUUAGGAGAUACGGCCAGUACAAUAACAGAGUCAGGAUUAUAUUGUGAAUCUUCCAGGAGAAGUGUGGAGGAAUCCUGAACUAGAUUCCUCCCCUUAUCAGAAGUAGGGAGAAGCAUCUUCUACAUUUCCAGAAACAAGAGUCAUGUGGUAACUCUUCAAAGUGAUGAUUACAAAAAUACGGCAAAUGAAUAUUUGUCUUUGAAAGUCCCAAGCCAAAUGGCCACACAGGACUCCUCAGUGACGUUUUGUAAAAAUGAGCUCCAGGAUCCUCAGAAAAGCAAAAGUCUAUUUGUAACUGCAGAAAGCACUGACAGAAAAGUCUUGCAGAGAGAAAGUCCUCCCAUGGACCAUUGUUCAGAGAACCUUCAAAUUAAACUUAUGUCUGACGUAACAGAACUGGUCUCACCAUUGGUCAGUGGUGAGGCAAACUGCCAGAAUGGCCAAUUGAAAGAGUCUUUGGAUCUCUUUGACUGUAGCUGCAAAGACAUUUGUGGUUGGAAAUCACGAGUGGUCAGUCGUCCUCAGAGAGCUCAUACAGAGGAGAAACCCUGUAACCAUUACAACCUUGGAAAGAGACGUAACAACAGCUCAGAUGGUCAUCCAUGUGCAAAAAUCCACACCGCAGAGAAAUUACACAGAUGUAGUCAGUGUGGUGAGGACUUCAGUGAGCGCUCAGAACUACUACUUCAUCAACGACACCACACAGAAGCAAAGCCCUACAAAUGCGAGCAGUGUGGGAAGGGCUUCACGAGGAGCUCCAGUCUCCUCAUCCAUCGAGCAGUCCACACGGACGAGAAACCCUAUAAGUGUGACAAGUGUGGGAAAGGCUUCACAAGGAGUUCAAGUCUGCUCAUUCAUCACGCAGUCCAUACAGGCGAGAAGCCUUAUAAAUGUGACAAGUGUGGAAAGGGCUUUAGUCAGAGCUCCAAACUGCAUAUCCACCAGCGAGUGCACACUGGUGAGAAGCCCUAUGAGUGUGGGGAGUGUGGUAUGAGUUUCAGUCAGCGCUCCAACCUGCACAUCCACCAACGAGUCCACACUGGGGAGAGGCCCUACAAGUGUGGGGAGUGUGGGAAGGGUUUCAGUCAGAGUUCGAACCUUCACAUUCACCGCUGCAUACACACAGGCGAGAAGCCUUUCCAGUGCUAUGAGUGCGGGAAGGGCUUCAGCCAGAGCUCUGAUCUCCGCAUCCAUCUCAGAGUCCACACUGGAGAGAAGCCCUAUCACUGUGGCAAGUGUGGGAAGGGAUUUAGCCAGAGCUCAAAACUCCUCAUCCAUCAGAGAGUGCAUACUGGAGAGAAGCCCUACGAGUGCAGCAAGUGUGGGAAGGGCUUCAGCCAGAGCUCCAACCUCCAUAUCCACCAGCGGGUUCAUAGGAAAGAUCCCAUUAAAUAAGGUCUUCAGUCAUAUGUUCAUCUGUAAAGACUUAAAUAUUUUUAACAUCAUUCUUCCUUUAAUAUUCUCAGGAGAGAUAGUAAAAGUUACUCAUUUAUGUUCCCUCACUGAAAAUCAUUCAUUCAUUUAAAGUAUUUUAAGUACCAAUCUCUUUGUUAUGCUAUACAACAAACUGAUUGUUCUGGUUCCUCAUAUGGGUACAGUGAAAUGUCUGUAUUUUGCAGUUAAGCCAGUGUUAUUAGAACUACAUGUCCUACUAGCUUUUUUAAGUGCAAGAACCUUAUAUUUGUGUAAGCAGAACAUGUUUCCCUUUGUUCAUAUUCCUCAAGAAAAUGAAACUCUGGUUUCUCUUCAAA